AUGGUCAAGCUCGAAGAAGUCAUGGACGAGGAGUUCGUCCGCGAACAGGAGGGCCCCCAUGACGAAGACGAAUGGGACACAGACUCCGAGUCCGAUCUCGAGUCCGAAAACUCCUUCGUCGCCGACGAGACACUGUACGAGCGCAUCACGGCGCUCAAGGACAUCGUCCCGGCGUCAACCCGGCGCUCGCUGCAGUCCAAAUACGACACGGUGACGAGCUGGACAAAGAGCGGGCUGCUGUUUGGCGGCAAGACGCUGUGGGUCAUCAGCACGAGCGCGCUGCUGCUCGGCGUGCCCUGGGCCCUGGCGUACAGCGAGGAGCAGAUGAUUGUCGAGCAGGAGCGCGCCGAGAUGAUGAACCAGCGCGCGCAGAACGAGUUUAUGGCUCCUGGUGCCAACGAUGCGAAGCCCGCGUUGUAG